GUGAACACUAUUUCACAAUAGAAUAGUUGAUCUGAAAUUCAACUCUUUUACUACUAGCUUUAUUAAAGGAGAGGGAGAAAAAGGUUGUUUCAAAAACAAUGAUAACAUCCACUUUGUUUGCAACAACUUUGAUUGGCAGAUGGAAUGCUACAGCAUAACACUGAUUACAAAUAUAUUAAUUGAAACAUCUUAGCCAUUAUAUACAAGUUUUGAUCUAAGAAAAAUUGUACCUUAGUAUUCUUGUUGUUAAUGGGGCUACACAAGAGUAAUGAAGAUCUCAAAACACAAUUACCAGGAGGCACUGAACUUCAUAACUCUGCUCAUGAAGAUCUAAUUAAGGAAGUUGCUCUUCUGGAGCUGGAAAUUAUGUAUUUGGAGAAGUAUCUUCUAUCAAUGUAUCGAAAUACAUUUGCUAAGCGCUUACAAUCACUGGAUGACACAACAAUAACAAAAGAAAUGAAGAAGCACAACAACAUCAUCACCGAGGAAAAUAAAAUAACUAAUACGAGUCCUUGUAUGCCACCAGUAGAAGGAUUGGGAGAUCCAAGUCUAGUUGACACUUCAAUUCUGAGAUGCCAUUCAUCACUCUCUCACACUGCUGUUGCUGCUUCUUUCAAGCCUUCACCUCUAGUUGGAGUUCUUGCUGAUGCUCUAGAUUCAUACCAUUCUUUGCCUUUAUCCAUGCUCGAGCAUGCUCAGGUAUCAACUUCAAAUUGGACAGCGCCGGAUCAUUCUGUUAAUGGCACUUCAAAUCACUUUCAUCAUGCCCCAAAUCAGCUGUCUGAAGAAAUGAUUAAGUGUAUUUCAGCCAUAUAUUUUCAGAUUGCUGAUCCCCCUUUGUUCAGCUAUGAUUACCCAUUCUCUCCAAUCUCAUUAUCAUCAUCAUCAGUUCAGCAAGGUCAGAAUGAUAUGGGGAUUUUACAAUGUGAAGAAAGUUCAUCUAAUUCAACACUGAAUAACCCUUUUCACAUAAAAGAGCCAAGAGAAUUUAAUGGAUCUUUUUUCACAAUGACUGAAGUACAAGGGCUCUGUCGAGAUAAACAGAGCUUAGAUGGUGUGGAUCGCAUGUUACAACAUUUUAGGUAUCUUGUCUCGAAGUUGAAGGAAGUUGAUCCUAGAAAAAUGAGGCAUGACGAGAAGCUAGCUUUCUGGAUUAAUGUCCACAAUGCACUAGUGAUGCAUGCGUUCUUGGUUUAUGGGAUUCCACGAAGUACUCUCAAGAGAGUAUCUCAACUUCUCAAGGCUGCUUAUAACAUUGGAGGGAAUACAGUAAGUGUGGAGAUGAUUCAGAGUUCUAUACUAGGAUGUCGAUUGCCCCGUCCUGGUCAGUGGAUUCAAUCAUUGUUCUUCCCAAAACAAAAAUUUAAGGCUGGAGAUGCAAGAAAAGGAUAUGCAAUAGAGCAUCCAGACCCUCGUCUACGCUUUGCUCUAUGCUCAGGAAGCCAUUCUGAUGCCCUGCUACGGUUGUACACGCCUAAGAGAGUAUUCCAGGAGCUUGAAGUGGCUAAAGAAGAGUACCUUCAAACAAACACAAGUGUACGCAAGGAACAAAAACUAGUUCUCCCCAAGAAUGUGGAAUCUUAUGUGAAGGAGGUUGAUUUGUGCCCUUCUGGCUUGAAGGAAAUGAUAGAGCUCGCGUUGCCUGAACAUUUUACAAGAAAAUUUCAGGGGAAGUUAUGGAAGAAAAUUGAGUGGACUCCUCACAACUUCACUUUCCGUUACCUAAUUUCACAUGAAUUGCUUGAGUCUGUCGUAUCCUUCUGAUCAAACUCAGUACUGUCGAUGGAUUUGAAUGAAAGACGAAUGAAUUUAGAAGAAAAAGUUGAUCAAAAGUAUAUAGUUCAAGACACAAUUUCAGCUACCUAAGCUGAAACAGGUUUGAGAGCUGACGCGCAACAAGGUACAGUUUAGCAGAUGUUUUUGAGCUGCUAAUCUGAGAAGUGAAAAAUAGCUUUAGCUAAGCCACAGCAGUAUCCACAAGUGUGACAUAUACUUUGUGUCAACUUUCAAUAUACAUUAAAACUGCAUGUACCUGUACUGGAUGUAUAAAUACACGCUUAUCCAACACGUAUCUGUACAUAGUCAAUCGAGUUCAUGUAAUAUAAUGUGUGAUUCAACUGUCUAUUUCUCAUUGUAAUGAAUGAGUUUUGUGA